CAGACCUCUUCGUCCAAUAAUAGAUCAGUUUCAUAUGCAUGUAAGGGCAGACUCAUCCAAGCGUAAAUACGCGCGGAAAGAUGCUUUGUUUACGUUAUUUAUAAUUUGUUAAAUUUAACAGUAUUUAAUAAAAAUUAUGAUUCGCUCACAAGCUCCAAGUAAAAUUGGCAAACGUCCUUUACUUGGAGAAGUAAGCACCCAAUUAUCACAAUUCUGCCGCCCGGACUCUGUGGAAAAUAAAUUAUCCAAUAAGGAAAAUAAAAGGAGACGAAUAGAAAAAACUGUAUACAUAUCAGACUGCAAAUUAAAGGCAUUAACUGAAAAUGAUAUUAAUACUGUUCAAGAUACAAUAUCAGAUCAUGAAGAGAGAGUUAGAAAAUUACUCAGUAAACCAUUCAAAAUUCCAAUCCCUGGCUAUGAAUAUUCUGGGCGAACUCUUGGUUUACACUUUGCUGGUCCUAGGAGGGCUCUUCAUGAUCCAGAUGAACCUAAUGCUCUUGUUGUAUAUACACCUCCGGAGAUGACAGAGCAUGAAAACUUAAAGAUCGAUGAAACAAAGAAACUUGUGCAUGUAGUAGUUGAUCCACUAUUAUGCAAUAUUUUAAGGCCUCAUCAAAGAGAAGGUGUUAAAUUCAUGUACGAAUGUGUCACUGGUAGAAGAAUAGAUAAUGCAAAUGGAUGUAUCAUGGCUGAUGAAAUGGGUUUAGGUAAAACUCUGCAGUGUAUAACUUUAUUGUGGACAUUACUAAAGCAAGGUCCAGAAGCUAAACCAUUGAUAGAUAAAGCAAUUGUUGUAGCUCCAAGUUCCUUAGUUAAAAAUUGGUACAAUGAAAUUUUCAAAUGGCUGCAAAAUCGAGUUAAGCCUCUGGCAAUAGAUGGUGGCAGCAAAGCUGAUAUAGACAAAAAAUUAAUUGGAUUUAUGAAAACCUAUGGUCGACGAUGUACCAAUCCCAUCCUUAUAAUUAGUUAUGAGACAUUCAGAUUACAUGCUCAUGUAUUGCAUCAGGAUGAAGUAGGUUUAGUUUUGUGCGAUGAAGGACAUCGAUUAAAAAAUUCUGAAAAUCAAACUUAUCAAGCACUCAUGGGUUUAAAAGCUAAGAGGAGAGUUCUAUUGAGUGGAACUCCUAUUCAGAAUGACUUAUUAGAAUAUUUCUCUCUAGUUCAUUUUGUUAAUGUAGGAUUAUUAGGUACAGCCCAGGAAUUUAGAAAAAAAUUUGAAAUUCCAAUUCUUCGAGGACAAGAUGCCGGCGCUACCGACAAAGAACGCCAACUAGCUCAAGAAAGAUUAGAAGAGUUAGUGACAAUUGUAAAUAAAUGUCUUAUUAGACGUACCAGUGCCUUGCUAUCAAAAUACUUGCCUUUGAAGUAUGAAUUAGUAGUCUGCAUAAAAAUGACUGAACUGCAAACACAGCUUUACAAAAACUUCAUUAAGAGUGAUAGUAUUAAAAGGUCAAUGCAAGACAAGGAUGGUAAUAAUAAAAAAGGAGGACCUUUAUCAGCUUUGGCUGCUAUUACAUCUCUCAAAAAAUUGUGCAAUCACCCUGACUUAGUUUAUGACAAAAUUCAAGAAAAGGCAGAAGGCUUUGAAGGAGCAGUUAAACUACUUCCUUCAAAUUAUAAUACAAAAGAAGUAAUGCCAGAGUUAUCUGGGAAACUUAUGGUUCUUGAUUGCUUAUUGGCUCUUAUAAAAUCCACUACAACGGAUAAAAUAGUUUUAGUAUCAAAUUAUACACAAACUCUCGAUUUAUUUGAAAAACUUUGUGCCAAGCGAAAGUAUCGUUACGUUAGAUUAGAUGGAACUAUGAGCAUCAAAAAGCGAGGAAAAGUUGUAGAAAACUUUAAUAAUCCUGACAGCGGCGAGUUUAUCUUUAUGUUGAGUUCCAAGGCUGGUGGUUGCGGUUUGAAUUUGAUUGGUGCUAAUCGUCUGGUAAUGUUUGAUCCCGACUGGAACCCCGCGAACGAUGAUCAAGCUAUGGCUAGGGUUUGGAGAGAUGGUCAAAAGAAGCCGUGCUUCGUUUAUCGUUUCCUUUGUACUGGUACAAUUGAAGAAAAAAUUUUCCAAAGACAAGCGCACAAAAAAGCUCUAAGUUCUACUGUUGUAGAUCAAGACGAAGACGUUGCUAGACAUUUUACUGCAAAUGAUCUUAAAGAUUUAUUCAGUCUUGAAGAAGCAACAGUGUCUGACACGCAUUCUAAAUUUAAAUGCAAGAGAUGUAUAAAUGGAAUAGAAGUAAAAGGCCCACCCGAAAAUUCUGACUGUACAUCCGAUUUAUCAGAAUGGAGGCAUUCACAAAAUGCCAGACAUUUACCAGAUAUACCCCUUAGGCAGUGCUGGUCUAGCGGAAUCUCAUUUGUAUUUCAUCACCGUUCUGCUGAAGUAGCCAAAACAUGAUUUUGUACGUUAAAUGUCAGAUGUGGUCGGCAAAAUGUUCUGUGAUCAAUUAAUAUUUUAGUAAUAGAAGAAUUAUAGAUAAAAACGAAUUAACUUUCCAAUAAAAUCAACUUCUAAAACUUAAGUAAUUAAUUUGGAAAUAAUUUACUUUAAUAAUACAUCAAAGCAUAACAACACUUAUUCCAUUUUUAUAUUUAUUGAAUAAAAAUAAUAUUAAGUUUUCAUUUGAGUACAAACUGUUUAUAAAUAGUUAUAACGAAAUUUUGUAUCAACUUAUUUGUAUAUACUAUAUUUGCAUAGGUUCAUAUAUUUAUGUAAUGAAAGUUUAGGCA